AUUUACGGAAGAAUUCAGUCGACAUCAUGGAGAGCCUGAGCGAAGGUGACAGAGCCGUUCUGAAGACGAUCUUCGAUCCGUUUCAGCCGCUCGGUCCGUCUGAUAUUCCAGACUUUCCGGCUUUCCAGGAAGUUGAAGAGACGACGGAUGCCUUUGAGGAGGAUCGUUUAGAACCGAAUGUACUCGACAUCGUGAAGAAGGCAAUAGUCUGCGCGGAAGAGAAGAACUUCGACGAAUCCUUUCGGCUUUUCCACAAGGCGUUAAAACAGGCACCUGAAUCGCCGUCGAUCUUAAAUGAUAGAGCGCAAGCGUUACGUCUGGCGAAUCGAGAUGAAGAAGCGUUGAAGGAUCUGCAUCUGGCGGUGGAGUUGAGCGAAGGAAAAGGAAGAGCUGGCAUUCAGGCACUCUGUCAACGAGGUGCCCUUUACCGUUGGAUGGAGCAGGACGACAAGGCCAAGGAAGACUUCAUUCGUGCGGCCAAGGCUGGCUCGAGCUUCGCUAAAUCGCAACUGGUCGCUCUGAAUCCUUAUGCGGCCAUGUGCAACGCGAUGCUGCGCAAGAUGACACUCAAGGCCAAUCGACCGUAAUCUAACAUGGAACUAGCAGAUAAAUCCACGAGCGCGGAUCCACAAGACCUACAGAUCCUGAUAUAAUGACAAUCGUAAAAGUAAUAAUAUAAUAAUAAUAUAGUAAUAAC